UUAUUUUUGGAAAAAGUACAAGAUAGUGGACCGACCAAGUCCUCGAUUACGGGACUUCCAUUUCUGCAACUCAUUCCAUCAAAAAUCCCAAACCACUUCCUCUGUAAUCGUCGGUAGAUCUUCGUCUGCCAAUGGGUUGCUCUUCCUCAGUACCUGAUAGAACUACUAGAGGACGGAUUGGUCUUAAUCCUGGCACUGAGCCUGCAUCUGAUGCCAAAAACUUAAAAGUUAAGCUUGUGCUUCUUGGAGAUUCUGGUGUUGGAAAAAGCUGUAUUGUUCUUCGUUUUGUGCGUGGUCAGUUUGAUCCUACUUCCAAGGUGACUGUUGGAGCAUCUUUUCUCUCUCAAACAAUAGCAUUACAGGAUUCAACUACUGUUAAAUUUGAAAUAUGGGAUACUGCUGGUCAAGAGAGGUAUGCUGCGCUUGCUCCCCUUUAUUAUCGAGGAGCUGCAGUUGCAGUUAUUGUAUAUGAUAUAACAAGUCCUGAAUCUUUUACAAAAGCGCAAUAUUGGGUAAAGGAAUUGCAAAAGCAUGGGAGUCCUGACAUAGUCAUGGCUUUGGUUGGAAACAAAGCUGAUCUUCAUGAACGCAGAGAUGUACCUACGCAGGAGGGGAUUGAAUAUGCAGAAAAGAAUGGAAUGUUUUUUAUUGAGACCUCCGCAAAGACUGCUGAUAACAUAAAUCAAUUGUUUGAGGAAAUUGCCAAACGACUACCCCGGCCUGAUUCGUCAUAAUAAGUGGAGCUCCCUUCCUGCAAACUGUUAAAUUUCAGAAUGCCACCCUGUAUAAAGGUCAAUUCUAGCUUGUUUCUAGUUUAAAUGUAUGUUUAAGUUGCUUUUGGUAUAAUUUACUAUUGGGAUAAUGAUUUAUGUACCCAAAAGCGAUUGCUAACACGUUUUCAUUAUUUGAUAUUCAUGUUUAUUAAGGUCAUGAUUAAGUAAGGUUUUCUCUUAGUCUCGUGUAUAUCGGAUGAAAAUCUGUUCUGUUCCACGUUGGUUCAGCUGAAAUGGUGAUUUAUUAAAGACUGUAUUAUGUAUCGCUUAACUGUA